AUGAAACAUUCUUUCGCCUUCUAUUUUGUUACCAUUUGGUGUACAGGCCGAGCGGUCAACAAAUUCGCCAAACUUCUCCCCUCUUUCUCAUUCGUCGAAAGGCGUUUUGCGGGCGGAGCAUCGGUUCCUGGGGAGCGCGGAGCCGGUUGCGCAGAGGACGGGGGGAAGCAGGCGGAGCAGCAACACGAAGGGGAGGAAUGCAUUUGGGAAGCUAAGAACACGUGGACGAAUCGGAAAGCGAAGAAACGGAUAAAUCCCGCCGCGCAGAGAGCGGCGCAAGCGGCGGCGGAAGCGGCGGAAGCCGCGGCGCAAGCAGCGGCGGAGUCGGCGGCGGAAGCGGAGCGCACGAUCCGUUACGCGCACCGCACGUGGCGGAUCCUGUGCCACUCGCUGCGCCGCCCCGUGCUGCGGCGCAUACUAGCGCAUGUACCGGAGAGCCAUGGGCGGGAGCGCGCGGAGGCGGCGCAAGCGGCUCUAAUCCAUCCCUCCCCAUCCGCGGGGGAUCUCGGAACCACCAGCAGCGCCGCUUGGAGAUUAAUCGCUCCUCCGGAGAGCUAUGGCCUUCCGGGUCUCAUCACCCCUAAAGGCGGAGACGGCCUAGGGGGGAGCGGAGGAAGGGGCGGGCGAAGAGGGGAGAGAGGAGGGGGGGAAGGUGCGUGGGGCGGGGGGAGCAGCGUGCUCAGGCAGAGACAGAGGCACAGCUGUACAGACCUCACGGAUCUUGCCUCUGUGGGGGAGGGGAAGCAGCAUGAAUGGCUUAACAGCCCUGCUUCCGCUGGUUACAAGGAGUUUGGAGGAGGAGGAGGGACAAAUGCAGGGGCAGGGGGGUCGCUGCAUGGGACCGGUAAAAGAAGCGGGCUUCGAGUUUUCAUGGGGGAGAGACCCGGGGGUUAUGAGAAGCAUGAGUGGCUGCGCAGUCCGUCUGCCGGUCAGGGGCUUCUUUUUUCUGCCCGGGAUGCUGUGGAGGGGGCUAAGGGCGUGGCUGAUAAGGUAGCAGGCGUUGCUGCGAAACGCAUUGCUGUGGCGGGGGCUGUAGCGGGGACUGUAGCGGGGACAGUGGCAGGGACAGUGGCAGGGACAGUGGCAGGGGCUGUAGCGGGGACGGCAGAGCACGUGGCUGGGAAUGUGGCAGGGGCAGCAGGAGUGGUGGCGGGGAAAGUGACUGGGGCGGCAGGCGUGGUAGGAGGCUCGGUGACUGGCGCAGCUGGUAAGGUAGCCGGGGCUGCAGGUACGGUAGCAGGUACGGUUAAGGGUGCUGCAGGUACUGUAGUAGGUACGGUAGCUGGGGCUGCAGGUACGGUAGUAGGUACGGUAGCCGGAGCUGCAGGUACGGUAGCCGGGGCCGCAGGUUCGGUAGCUGGUACGGUGGCAGGUACGGUUGCAAGUUUACCCAGGGGCGCGGUGGGGGUUGUGUCUCGCAGAGUGCGGAAUAUAGGCGCGGGGGGGAAGGCGAUGAGUGCACGUGUGCGCAGAGGAGCAGAGGCUCGGAUUGAAGCUGCACAGAGCACUGUGAGAUCGGUGAGUGCGCGGGUGCAGCGGGGCGCCGGGGCUAGCUUCGGAGUAGCUCGGAAUGCUGUGGAGGAGAGGCUCGGGAUGGGCCAGCAUGGUUCGGAAGAGAGGCUCGGGAUGAGUCGGCAUGGUUUGGAGGAGAGGCUCGGAAUGAGUCGGCAUGGUUCAGAAGAGAGGCUCGGGAUGGGCCGGCAUGGUUCGGAGGAGAGGCUCGGGAUGAGUCGGCAUGGUUCGGAGGUGAGGCUCGGAAUGAGUCGGCAUGGUUCGGAAGAGAGGCUCGGGAUGGGCCGGCAUGGCUCAGAGGAGACGAUCGGGGUGGGCCGGCAUAGCUCAGAGGAGAGGCUCGGGGUGGAUUGGCAUGGUGUGGGGGGUGGGAGUGCAGUGUUUGAGUCGUUUGAAUUGGUGGGUGAAAAUAUUUCGGAGGGAGGGAGUGAAGCACUAGAGUCGUUUGGAAGGGUUGGUGAAGCUAGUUCGGAGGGUGGGAGUGUGGUGUUAGAAUCGUUUGAAAGGGCAGUUGAAAAUGGUUCGGAGGGUGGGGGUGUGGUUCUAGAAUCGUAUGAAAGGGCGGGUGAAGCUGGUUCGGAGGGUGGGAGUGUGCUGGGGAUGCCACAAACAGAGGCAAAUCUUGGCACCGAGGUGAGUUCUGGUGCAGAGGCGAUUGGAGCGUUUCAAAGCGGUUUGGAGGAGUAUGAUAAUGUGCGGGUGCAGAGAGAAGGCUCAGGGGCGCAUUCAGAUUUGGAGGCGUCUCAGCGGAGUGAGGGUGCAGCGAGUAAUGACUCACCUGAAAGAGAGGUGGAGAGCAAGAGAGGGGGAGUGCAGAGCGGUACGGAGGAGUCUACGAGUGGCAGAGUGCGACGAGAAGGCUCAGGGGCGCAUCCUAAUCUGGAUGCGUCUCAGCGGAGUGAGGGUGCCGUGAGUAAUGACUCGCGUUUAUGCGAGUUGGAGAACACGAGUGGGGGAGUGCAGAACGGUGCAGAGGAGUGUAGCAGUGUGAGAGCGAGGCGAGGAAGCUCAGGGGCGCAUUCGGAUUUGGAGGAGUCUCAGCGGAGUGAGGGUGCAGCGAGUAGUGACCCGCCAGAAAGAGAGGUGGAGAGCAGGAGUGGGGGAGUGCAGAGCGGUGUGGAGGAGUCUAGGAGUGUGGGAGUAUUAAGAGGCGGCUCAGGGGCACAUUCUAAUCUGGAAGCGUCUCAGCGGAGUGAGGGUGCAACUAGUAGAGACUCGCCAGAACGCGAGGUGGAGAGAGAGAGUGGGGGAGUGCAGAGCGGUGCAGAGGCGUGUUCUGAGGCACCAGGGAGUGAAAGAGCAGGAGGAGCGGAAAGGGCAGAGGAAGUGGAGGGAGCAAGAAGAGCAAAGCGGGCGAAAGAAGUGGCGGAAAUGGGGAAAGUGGAGGGUUGGUUUUUUCUGAUUCUGAAGGCAGCAGAAGGAGCGGAAAGAGCAGAGGAAGCGGAGGGAGCAAGAAGGGCAAAGUGGGUGGAAGCGGAAAGAAGGACAGGAAGGGAGGAGGUGAGGAGGGAGAAGUGA